UAUGGCUUGAAGUUAUCAAAUUUUACUCCAGUUGUGUCCUACCUAGUUAACCAUAUGAACUUUAUAGCUUGCCAGUUAGCAAUUUAUCAUUUUUUCAGAAACUUCCUAAACCAGAUGUGUGCUUUAAAAGAAAAAAAUUUACUCCAAUCAAGAGUCUAAAAUGGCUACUUCUAUUUUGUCCUGCCCUUUAUGUUGUCGGCAGGAGUUGGGCACUGUGGAAGCGCUGAGAGAGCAUCUUCUGUAUUUUGUUUACAGACCAAUACCCUGUCCCGUGUGUCGCACACCCAUCACUGGAUUGCAGCAACUUGUGCAUCACCUGGAUGUGCACUUACAGUGUUUACAGUUGGACAACAUUGCAGGUCCAAAUCUUGUCAGCAGCAUCAUGUCAUCUGUGCCGCAUCUCAGAGAUGUCUCUGUUGUAGUGCCUGAGUCAGAACUUCUUAACAUGCAAGAUAUUUUUGUUGCAAGGAGUGCAGUGGUGAGUCAAGAAUCUGAAGUGUCUUCAAUGAAGAAAUCAGCUCCCAAUGGAUUCUCUGUUGUAGAUUCUCUUGUAAAUUCUGGCAAAAAUCCCUUGGUUCAGCUGGAUUUGCUCUCAGUGCAAAAAGAACUUGCAGGAACAUCCGAGUCUCAUAAUGCUUGUGUUCAAAAAUUUCAUAAUGAAUUUUAUUCAAACAAUAUUCAUCAAGUUGGCCAUGAACCUCCUACUGUUGAAGAAAAUACAGGAGUCAAUAUUGAGAGAAGCCUAUCUGUCAGUCCAUGUCAUACUCCUAGUGAGCCAUCAGUGCAAAUUUUAACAUCUGCUACUGAAUUAAUUAUGACCCCUCUUAUUCUAUUACCAUCUCCAAAUGUAUCUUCUGUGAGUGAUGUGCACCAAGCAAGUCAGGAUUCUGCUAUGAAUAGACUUUACGUGCCUGGGAAGGGAGCGGCUGAUUUCAUUGAUAAUAUGCAACAGUCUUCAGCUCAGAAUCCUGCUGAUAAUGUGCUUGAGAAUUCUAGAAGUGCACAUGGCGGUGAUGAUAGGCAUUUGUCAAGAUCCAAUGAAACUCCUCAAGAUGCUUCAGCUCCUCCUGCAGACAAUGUUCCACCAAAUUGCUUAUUGACAGAUACUCUUGGUGCUGACCAGGAGAGAUUUCAAUGGACAUCAUCUCCAAAGAAACAGAAAAUCUCGAGUGUUCAGCCAUUGGCAGGUCAUAGCACCCAGAACGCAUGGCAACCUUCUGUCCAUGCUUAUGUCUGUUCCAUGUGCAGUGCCAAGAUCGUCGGGCAAGAACUCUACUUUAAACACCUGCAGGAGCACUCGGAUGGAGUCCAAAACAAUGUUCCCCAAGCUCCACGAUCAAAAGGUCUUGAUUCUGACGUUUCAAUUUGUACAUCUACAUCUCUCGAAAGCAGUGGCAAUAGUUUUAAUUCCUCAAUUAUGUGCAACCAAAAACUUGUGGCAGAUAAACUUGAGUCUAAUUCUUGUUCAGAAAUUGCUCUUGAUAAAAAUGACAGAGUCAAUUGUAAUCCAAACUCUUUUACUGACGAGUCUUUUGUAGCCACAGUUGAAGUUAGGUAUCCACUGCUGUGUCAGAACUCAGGUCAGCCAUUGCCUGAAGCUUCAGAUCAAAGAAAAAAUUUGAAAAAUUUUAGUGAUGAUCCAAUUGAUGGUGAAGAAACAGUAAUAAUUUCAAAAUGUAAUAGCACGGCAGAUGGUCAAGAAAAGGAAUGCAGAAAUGUUGAUUGCUCUUCAAACGAUGAAUUUUCUGACUUUGAUAAUGCGUCAUUAGAUGAAAACAGCUGCUUCGAUUACGAAAGUGAUUCAUUUCUCCCAUCCUCUAAUAUUGCCAAGAAUCCAAAUGCCACUAAUAAUGUCAUGAGUUCUACCUCUGAUGAAUAUGGCCUUUGCGGAACCGCUGAUCAAACGACGAUCGAUAAUAUCCUCAGUGUAAAACCUCAAACCAAGAAAUCCAGAAACAUGUACCUCCAUAAAAAGUUCCAUCAUGAACAAAAAACCGUCGUUCAUGGUCGUGAAGACGAGGAUGGUGGACGCUGUUUUAUUCCGGAUAUUCAAUCAGUUUGGGUUAGUAGACUCAAUGCUUCAAUAGCACCUGAAGAAUAUAAAGAAACUUCUCUCUCUACGCAAACCAAAAUUGGUCGAGAUAACAAUUACUCCGAUAACAAGUCUCUUGAAAAUGGUGUUGCAUCACGGGAUGCUAUUGAUGAUGCUCGUGAUGCAUCCCUUCUCAUUAAUCGUGAUGAUCACAUGCUUGAUCAUCAAUUUCCUGAAAAUCAGUUGCAGGGUGAUUCAUCGCAGUCUACUUCUGACAAAGCAAAUUCCCCAAAUUCAGUACCAAGUCAUGGUGUCCCGGCUUUGGAAUCGUCCAGUGGUCAACAUCAAAACAGAAUUGCUUCAAGUAGUCAAGAAAAAUAUGUAAUGUGUGCUACAGGGUCUACUUUGCGUUGGGCCAAUUCAAAAGAAAAUAUUAUCUCUUACAAUGAUAUUAGUGACAACGUGCCGCUCAUCCCUACUGAGGAAACUGGUUCACAGAGAGAGAAUCUCCCAACUGCCAGCUUGUCCAACGCACUUCUGCCUUCCGUCGACUUGUGCAGUGACGGUGAUACCUUUCCUAAUGCAAGUAUUUUGUCAGUUGUGGAUAGCGUUAGUCAAAAUACAGGCUCUGAAAUUGUGCAACAUCAAUCAAAUCAGCGUCAUGUUGUUCCGAUAAUGAACAAUGAAAAAAACCCUGCUCUACAGAAGAUCACUUUGGUGGUAUCUCAGGAAUGCCCCGAAAAAUUGACUCUCCCUGAGCCGAAUCUAUUAAUCAGAAAUGUAUCCAUUGAUUCAUCACCAGAGCUUCAAGAAUCGAACUCGCUUCCUUGUACAAAAAAUUCUUCAAAAAAUCGUGCAUCUCCAGCAGCUGUAAAAAAGCCAUCUUUUGCUCAUUCGUCGUUUGCUUUUGAUUCAUCACAUCAGGAUGAUGAACAUGUUUUAAGAAACAUACAGAAUAAAAGCAAUUUUCUGUUGAAGGAGGACCAUAGAGGCAUGGCUGCAGUUAAAGAGUCCGUCCAUGAGAAUAUCUCGCCACUAGGAAACAUGUCUAUCAAACCUGUUGAAUCAAAUCCUGACAUUUUACCAUUAAAUGAUCCGGAGUCUGGGGUCGGGGAAAGAUCAGAAAUGUUUUCCUCUGCAGAAGACUCAGCUGAGAAUCGAUUUUUAAUGGUCUCCUCAGAAAAAAACUUUUCAGCAAACCUAGUUGGUGACGAUGCCAUGAAGUGCCUUGGAAAAAAAGAGAACAACACUAAUGAUAUUUCAUGCUCGUCUGAUGGCCGUGUAAACGAAUCAAUUAAUUCUAGUCCAAGUAGCAAAAGUGACACUCUUCCAUCAAGACAUCACUGCCGAGAAUGCAGUAAAACUUUCUUGAAUGUUGGUAACUUUCGCAGGCACACAAGAGAAGUUCAUAAUUCGGCUCGUGAAUUUUCGUGCACUGUUUGUAGCAGGACAUUUUGUUCUUUCCGUCAACUGGUAAAUCACAGAGGCGUUCAUGAUACCCAGAAAAAAUUUCAUUGUAACCUCUGUGAUCACCAUUGUUAUACAUCAGCUGGUAUUCGGUCCCAUAAGUUCCAGGAACACAAAAAGGAGAAACUAGUUGCAAAGCCUUUCAAAUGUGAUCAGUGUAACGAAAGUUUCGCGAGAAACUUUGGUCUCCAACGACACAUGCGUCGGAAGCACAGUGAAAAGCAGUACUCUUGCCCACAUUGUGCCAAAUCAUAUUCAUGUUACGAGAACCUUCAGAGCCACGUAACUUCUCACGUGGUAGACGAGACACACAUUCGCUUUUAUUGCAGUCCUUGCAACACGCAAUACAAGUCGAAAUUUGCUCUCAAACGUCACUUGUCCAUUAGGCAUCCACUUUCUUUAGAUCACAAUCGUGACCAACAUGUGGAGCCUUGUCCUGAAGAUGACCGUAGUUCACUUCGAAACUCUUCAGAGGAAAUGUGUAGUUCACUUGAAAACAUGUCCCCAAAACAUGACUCCUCUUCUUCUACACUCUUGAAAUCUUGCCCAGAGUCUACUGUUCCAAAUCCCCUAGAAUUGGCUGCUGGGAAUGAACAGACAGGAAAACUUAUUUGGUCUAACCCCGUUGUCAACAAUAGAUUCUUGCAAGCGGCACAAAGUAGACUGAGCUCUAUCUCCUGCAAGAAAGAAAUAUUGACCUUAAAUUCAUCACUACAUAAUGAGGCAAGCACGUCCAAAGCCAACGAUAUCAGCGCCAAACCUGCGGCGAAGUUCACAUGCAGCGUUUGCUCCCACACGUUCACCCGCAAGGAUACCCUCAAAGUACACAUGCAAUCUCACUCAUCUGAGCGGCUUUUCUCGUGUAAUUUGUGUGAUAUGACAUUCAAAAGACGGAGUAUUUUAGUCACGCACCAAAACAAACAUAAGGCCAUAGCCAGUUACCACUGCCAACUGUGUGACAAACGCUUCAGGUUCAAAAUAUCGCUUAAACAUCAUAGUUGUACGUCCAGGUUAGAUUAAGGAGGAAUUAGGGUGUUAAAUUUUACGUGAUAAAAUUAUAGUCAACGAUCAAAUAUGUCUGUUCAUACUAAGAUAUUUGAAAAUUCUGUAGUGUAUAGUUUUCUGGCUUGGCUUUGAGAAACGAUCGGUUUUGUUUAUAAUUCACUUUAGUUGUGUGUAAUUUGAUACUCGUUUGAGACCCUGGGUCUGUUGAGGUGGUACGUGUUUUAUGUGACGGGUACUACUCACGUCGUCCAGCAGCAUAGGACUCUUAUUACUAAAAAUGGAUGACGUUAGCGGAAACUCGGUAGCAUUGGUAGGCUGCUGAGCUCUCAUCCAGCCUGCUUUUGAAGGUAUAAUGUGAGCGCUCCCAAUAUAUUCUCCAGU